CCAAAACUUGCGGGGCAAACUGUAAUUUCCUCCAUUGCAUAACACAAAAAAUUUGGGACCGUACGUGUGCUUCUCUAACCUACGAAACCACCAAACAAUGGCGGCCAGGAUGUUCCAGAAGCGACUGCUCUCUCUCUUUGUCCGCAAUCAAACUCAGCUUCAGACCCAUUUCCUUAAAUCUAAAGAAUCUUUUUGGCAAUCUCUUCGACCUCUUCCUUCUGCAAAUGCAUCCUUUAGCAGAUCCGAAUUUUGUCAAAGAGGGAUUCAGACACAAACACAACCAACCAGCCAUGCCAAUGAAGAUUUGGAAAAUCAUGAAACGGGCACUUUGAAGCCUGAUUGUGACUCAGUAAAUGCUCCCUCCAAUAUAAACAGUAAUGAUAGUUCAACCGUGAAGUAUUCUGCAAAUUCUAACUUGAAGCCAUCCGCAAGGCAUGAUCUUGCCAUGAUCUUUACUUGCAGGGUCUGUGAAACAAGAUCUGUGAAGACAGUUUGUCGCGAAUCAUAUGAUAAAGGGGUGGUGGUGGCACGUUGUGGUGGGUGUAAUAAUCUACACCUGAUUGCAGAUCACCUUGGAAUGUUUGGACAACCAGGGAGCAUUGAAGAUUAUCUGGCUGCUCGUGGUGAGGAAGUGAAGAAAGGUUCUGUUGAUACCCUGAAUCUGACGCUUGAAGAUUUAGCAGGAAGCAAACCUUGAAAGAAUUACAUAGCAGUUUUCAGAUGAUGUUUCUUAGUUAUGUAAGAAUUACAUAGCAGUUUUCAGAUGAGGUUUCUGAUUAAUGUAUAAUUAUCUGUGAACCUAAUUUUUAUUUGUUUUGUUAAAAGGUUUUUUUUUUUUUUUUUGGGAUAUAUUUUUAAAAUUAAGUUGCUUAUACAUGUUAUUCAUAUAAGCAAUCACAAAUGGUUUAUGCAUAGCAUUAUGCACUUGAUAAUCUAAUGAAAAUGCCGGGCUGCGUCUGUCAGCUAAAA